UUAAUGUUUUUUAUUAUGUGACAGUACAAAAAAGGCCGACGUUAAGGCACUAAAAUAGAUAUUUUUGACGCCUUGACCUAGCUAGUGCCAUUACUAUUCCUAAUGCAGUAUUGGACAAGUAAACCAGUUCACAAUAAAGCAAACGGACCUUAGAAAGUGUUAAAAAAAUAUGUGAAAAUAGUUUUUAUGUAAUGUGCAAUUUUUUUUUGUGAUGUGGAAUUCUAAUAUUUAAAUUCGAAUAUGGAAUGCGGAAUAGGACCUUGGAUACUAGUGUUGUGGUGUUUUUAGUGUACUAUGAAGUGCGUUCAGUGCGCGGUAUGGCGUCGUUCGCGGCGCAAGCGGCUCUGCGGUCUCGCUGGAGUUCUCUCAUAGAGUCUACGAGUGUGGAUGUGCCAGGAGAAGUGACGGACGGCGUCCGUUCUGUCGUCGGAUGGCUGAAACAGGCUUCUCUCGAGGUACGUCAAGUGGGCCGACGCGCCGUCAGUCAGUUGGCCGGUAGAGGAAUGGGGGACGAAGUGGUCAUUAUACACUUUAAUGAUGUUUAUAACAUCGAACCUACUACUACCACAGAACCAGUGGGAGGAGCACUAAGGUUCAGCACAGCUGUGAAGGCGCUGCAGCAUCUGAACCCUUUAGUACUGUUCAGUGGAGAUGUGUUCUCGCCUAGCAUGCUGAGCACGUUCACAAAAGGCGAACAAAUGGUGCCGGUGCUCAACGAAAUCGGAACGCAUUGUGCCGUGUUUGGAAACCACGACUUUGAUUUCGGCCUAGAAGUGCUAUCAGGACUUGUAGCCCAAUGCAACUUCCCGUGGCUAAUGUCUAACGUGAUAGACAACGAGACCGGGCGGCCGCUGGGUGACGGCAAGAUCACCCACGCGCUCAUGUGUAACGGACAUAAGAUCGGCUUUAUUGGACUUGUUGAACAGGAAUGGCUGGAGACUUUAGCAACGAUAAACCCUGAGGAGGUUACGUUCAUAGACUUUGUGCAAGCUGGCACCAAGCUAGCCUCGCAAUUGAAACAAGAAGGUUGUGAAUACGUAAUAGCUUUAACGCACAUGCGGACACCGAACGACAUAAAGUUAGCUGAAGGUUGCAACGAUAUCGACCUCAUACUGGGAGGACACGAUCAUGUCUAUGAGGUUUUACAUAUAAACAACAAAUACGUAGUAAAAAGCGGCACGGACUUCCGUCAGUUCAGUAAGAUCAGCAUUAACUUCGGCGACGAGGGGGUACAAGUCGACAUCACAGAAGUCGGGGUCAACAGCUCCUAUGCUGAAGAUCUGGUGCUUAAGGAGAAGACUGAUAAGUAUUCUUCAAUGAUCGAAGGCAAAAUGGACGAAGUGUUAGGCAAGAUCUGUGUUCCUCUAGAAGGUCGGUUCUCCUGCAUCAGAAGACAGGAGUGCAACCUCGGCAACUGGGUGUGUGAUGUACUCCUGGCUGCUACCGGCGCAGACCUCGUGGUACUCAACUCUGGCACUUUUAGAUCUGAUCAGGUCCAUGCUGCCGGAGAUUUCACUCUCCGAGAUCUAUCCACCAUCAUACCGAUGCGGGACCCACUAGUGGUGGUAGAAGCGACAGGCGAAGUGAUAUUACAAGUGUUGGAGAACGCUGUCAGCAAGUACCCCAGUCUUGAAGGGAGGUUUCCUCAGGUAGCCGGCGUCUCCUUCGCCUUCGACCCCUCAAAGCCUGCAGGACAGAGAGUAGCGGAACAGGUCGUGAAGAUAGGAGACGAGUACCUGCAGCGGCAGCAGGUGUACCGCCUCGCUAUCAAGCAGUACCUCUAUAGUGGGAACGACGGGUUUACUAUGCUACCUAAGUGUAAGAUAUUGAUCCCAGAAGACAUGUGUCCGGAGAUCGGCAUGGCUAUCCAGAACCACUUCGCGGCCAUCAACGUCCGCACCGGCCGCGCCCGCCCCAGCAAGCAUCGACAGUCACUCGUUACUCUUAGCAGGAGGCACAGUCUAGUUAAAAUGCUAGACGGCAGUGUAGAGCUGGACGGGCCGCCGCCGCUGCGCCGCGCCUCGUCUGCUGCGGUCGAACCUACUUCACACGGACACCACAGGUUAACCCGUCGAGCGUCGCUGGAUGAUCUUGAACAACAAUCGUGUGAACUGGCGCCUAAACUCGAAAACAGAAUUAUUGUACUCAAUAAACCUGAGGAGCUCCAAGCAUUGAUAGCCGAGCGUACCCGCUGGGAGUCGGACACCGUCAUUCGGGAAGUGGACGACGAAGGUUCCCCCUAAGAACUACCCUCCCUGUACGGCUGUUUCGUGUGGUACAAACACUUCCAGUAGCCACCUGACACUAAAAAGUACCACGCGGCUAAAAGUACCAAACAGGAGAUUUUCAGUUCGCAAAGACGUUAAGGUAGGAAUUUAUUGUGAUUCUUUCGUGUUAAAUGUACCAGUGUAUUUUUUUAACACCAAGUGGUUUUUUUUUUGUGGUAUUAAAAAGUACCACUUGGAUAAACUGUGUUUGCAAGUACCUGGUGUACUGUUUUACUAGUAAUUUAAUGUGCUAUUAUUUUUUAUGUAAAUUGAUGGAAAAUAUUCUAAGUAUUAUGUUUUAAUAAUGUAACAUUCGAUUUAAUUAAAAUAUAAUACUUUUGGUAUUUAAAUGAUACCGAAGGCGACCUAACAACGAGGAUUGUAAAAUAAAACAAAAAUAAUUUGGCAGGUACAAACUGGAAGUCACAACACCAAUAUUGCAAAAUAAUGUAAAUUAAGCAUUAUUUAAAUAAAAGGUUUACUUACUAGCUUUACCUAGUAAAAUAUCAUAACCAUUUAAGAGAUUAAUUUGUGCCUGAAUCAAUUGAUUUCAUUGAGUGAGAAUCGAACUCUCCAUCACUUACAAUUCAGAUCGGACGUGAUGUGAACUUUGUCCUCAAAAGUCAUAUACCGCUUUGAUAAAGAAAAUCGAGCUUGAAUUGAGAGAAAACUACGGAAAGUAUUAUCUUAUGAUGUUAACUCAACCGUCGCCUUCAAUCCUUAUGAGAUUAUCGAUGUUUUCUAAACGAAUUUUUAAAUCGCAUAGUCUUAAUUAUUUAUCAUGUCGUAAUUAAAUCAAAUUGGCGUUACUGUUGCUUUCAACCGACUGCGAAAUGCAAAGAAGUGUAAUGCUUUGAAUGCUGCAGACAGAAUCGAAUGUCAAAAAAUAUUGUCGUAAGUGUGACAUUCUAAAAACGAAGAACAUCUCUCGAUUAUUCGUUUUAUGUUGAUUUUCUUAGAAAUUAAAAGUUUCGUAGCAAACAGUGGCGCCAUCUACAAUGUAAAUCCGUCUAUAUUUGCGUUCAAUUAUACUCAAAUAUCGUGUUAGCUCGGAAUAGAUAUCUACCUCAUGCAUAGUAUUCCAAUCUAUGUGAUAUAGACUGCUAUAGUGUUGGAAAACUCUCUUAAAACCAAUUCAAACAAAAAUAUAAAACAUUUCAUAGUUUUUGAAACCAGAAUCAGCCAAAAACUUUGUUAUACGAAUAAAAAGCGAUAUAAGAGUCUUCGCUAACUACUUAUCAAAUAUGUAUUUCAAAACAUACAUAAAGAAACCCUCUCUCUUUUCCCAAAACUAUAGUAGUCUAUAAUUUAUUUUGAAGUAUCUAGUAUUAAACGCUUUUAGGCUUUCAUAGUGUAAAGAAGCUCACAGUG